UCUGCAUCAAUCUGCAAUGAGUAUGUGACACUGACAGAAAGAAAGCAUCAAUGCGGAGGCAGAGAAAUAUGAUUGCGGCUGUCUUUCUUCUGUGUGCUGUCAAGCUUCACAGCUCUGAUGGUGUGGCAGCGCAGUCCCAGUGCGUGCCCAGUCAUGAGGUGGAAUGUUUUGUGCCGGCUGACCAUCUGAAGGCAUCUGGUUCUGUCACAGUAGAAGUGUGCGCUGGUAGGACACUCGUCAUCUCCCUGGAGAACUUUUCUGAAUACUCUGUUUGCCGCUGGAUCAGAGGAGCAGAUCCAGUACUGACAGUAAAUGGGAGUCACUCCAUGUUCCUUCCAGCGCUAUCUGAGACAGAUUCAGGGGAGUACUCGCUGAGCUGUGAAACUAGCGAUGGGGUCAGAUCCUCAAUGAAUGUGUUUCUGCAAGUAGCAAUGAAACGUCCCACAAAACCAAAGCUGACACUGGACAACGUAAAUAACAAAUGGAGUUCCCCUGAUUUAGUGUGCAGCUCUGAGGGCUGCCCAAAGCCCACACUCCAGUGGUCUGGAAACGUUGAUGGCACAGAUGUUCCUACAAACGGUGGAAGUGCAAAGAGCAAAACCUCCAGCAGUAAAUAUUCUAAGAGAGGAGGGAUGUGCUGUGCUACUAACGCAGAAGGACAAGAAUGCUCCCAGCUGUAUGACUACGACCUAGACAGUGACUUUAGGAAAAGUGAUGAGGUUUCUAAUGUGACCGUGAGCCUCGGUCAGUCUUUACUUCUUCGCUGUCGAAUACAAAAGUAUGGGACUGGUGCUAAUGCGUGGGAGAAUGGCCGCAAAACAUUGGACGUUGAUACAUAUGCAUGCUCUUCUCAAGUCAAGAAGGAGAUCUGCAUUAAACAUGACGCGCAUGAAAACAGUGGGAUGUCCUACCUGUUCAUUGAAUCAGUGAGUGUGGACCACGGUGGCACAUAUACCUGCAGGAGAACAAACAACGACAGAACGUCGACAGUUGACGUUCACGUCCAAGCGGAGAGCUUCCUCUCUGUGCAGCUGGAGCAGAGCUUGAUCAUACCAGCUCAGAAUGCAUCCAGCUCCUGUUUGCGAGCCAGUGUUUCCUACCACCCUGUGCUCCAGCGCUGUUCCUGGGAAGCUCCUGAUAAAACUAGAACUAAAUGCAUCCGGAACAAUUGGGUGACAAAACACAGGACUGUGAAGCUAUGUGAUGAACUCAAAUCAGGAGAUUAUAAAUUACACUUGGAAGCUGGAGGAUUAAAAGAAACUAAGACUGUAUCAGUGUGUGUUGUAGGCACACCGAGGUUCAAACUCAGGAAUAACAACGUCAAUAAUACCGUCGUCAUUGAGACUGUGACUCUUGUGCCAGCAAAUUACACCUGGAUGUCUUGUUCUUUGUCCAAUGACAGCAGCUGUGAAACAGACUCUUCCUGGAAGGAGAUCCCAGCUGCGUCUCAAACAGACUCUGAUGUCUCGUGUCAGAAGACAAUCAAGAGCUCUCUGAGCGGAGGUCUAGUGGAUGGACUGCAUUUAAAGUUUUGCCUGACAAACUCCGUUGGCUCCUGGUGCCACAACAAUAUUUACUUCACUCCACCUUCCUUCCACUCCUCCAGAGUUGUUGCAAAUAAUGACAACAGCAGCUUGAUGGUGCUGAAAGUCGGCAGUGUGCUUCUGUUCCUGGCUUUGGCAGUGGUUAGCGUGGUGCUCAUGUACUUUGUCAAGAGGAAGAAACCUCAGUAUCAGCCCCAGCUUCAGAUCAUCCAGAUGGUUGGACCCAAUGACAAUGAUUACAUCUACAUCAACUUCAAGGAGUUUGGGUACAACCUGAAGUGGGAGUUUCCCAGGGAGAACCUGGAACUGGGUUCAGAACUGGGCUCUGGGGCUUUUGGCAUGGUGGUCCAGGCUACAGCGUAUGGCAUCAACAAGCCUGGAGUCCCGCAGCAGGUGGCUGUCAAGAUGCUUAAAGAGAAACACCAGACGGUGGAGAAGGAGGCCCUGAUGUCCGAGCUCAAGAUGCUGACUCACAUCGGUCAACAUGCCAACAUUGUUAACCUGCUUGGCGCGUGCACAGACACAGGACCCACAUACCUGAUUUUCCAGUACUGCUGUUAUGGAGAUCUACUGAACUACCUGAAGACAAACAGAGAGCGCUACCACAAGUCUGUGAGCGACGCUUUCACCAAGGACCGUUUCAGCAGCCUUUACCACAACCUGCAGCCCAGGAAAAGCUCUAGUGAGCCCGACACAGCAGUGGACAAUUACGUGCCCAUGCACAGCUCUACCACCAGAGGGCAGGAGGACAUCGCCCUCCUCACCAUCAACCCCAAUGACAUGGACAGCUUUGAAGACCUGACGAUCUUUGAAGACCCAGACGAUCCGACGGAGGACCUGCAGACCCUGACCUUUGAUGACCUGCUCAGCUUUGCCUUCCAAGUGUCCAAAGGCAUGGAGUUCCUCUCCUCCAAGAACUGUAUCCAUCGAGACCUGGCAGCUCGAAACGUGUUAGUGACGAAGGGCAGACUGGUGAAGAUCGGAGACUUUGGACUGGCCCGGGACAUCGACAACGACUCCAACUAUGUUGUGAGAGGAAAUGUGCGUUUGCCAGUGAAGUGGAUGGCACCAGAGAGCACCUUUCAGGGGAUCUACACCAUGAAGAGUGACAUCUGGGCUUAUGGCAUUCUGCUCUGGGAGAUCUUCUCACUUGGUGUUACUCCGUACCCGGGCAUGAAGGUGGACCACACGUUCUAUUCAAUGAUUGAGAGAGGAUUUAAGAUGGAGUGUCCAUACUACGCCAACGAGUCUGUAUACGGGAUGAUGUGUAAGUGUUGGGCUCUGGAUCCCUGCAACCGGCCAUCUUUCUCCAAACUGGUGUCCUUUAUGUGUGACCAGCUGACCGACAGAGAGGAGAAGAUCUACCACAACAUGCUUGACCAGACAUCCAGCGACUACCAAAAUGCAUCGGACAUUUUGAACAUUUCUGCUUUGACACAACCGAACGAGAAGAAGACGGCCAACGAUUACUGUCAAACCCGCUCGACUGAAGAAAGCAAAGCAGAAGUGUUCGACAGUGUGGCAGCUGAGGAGAAGCUAGAGAAGCCGUCUGAUAUGAAGUGAUCAUCUAUCACUGAACGCACGUUGACCAAAUGUUCAAAGCAUUUUAUCUAUAUUUUGUUAUAUUCUUAAUAAAAACUGUUUAAGAUUUUUGUCACAGUAAUAAUCUCAAGAGUGGCAGUACAAUGCACUUGCUUUAUAUUCAAUUAUAAUGUCACACAAAAAGAUUUUUAUUAUGUAUAUGGGAUUUCAGUGGAUUUUAAUUUGUGGCCUGAUAAUAAAUAUUGAUGUAUAUUGUGCAGCUCAAAAUGAAAAGGUUAAUUAAUAAAUAUUCUCAGGACUAAAGACA